AUGCCGAUGACAGAAAAAGCCGAAUCGGUUGCGAGCAAAUCAUCGAAAAAACGGAAAAAUAGGUAAUUUACGUUGGAAUUUCGCAAUAUUCGAAAUGUUUUUUAAUGACGUGUAAAAACACAUAUUUUUGGUCAUUUUUUAAAAUAGUUUUUAGAAAAAAACGCGAUCGCCAAUGGAGUUGUUAUGUGGAUAAUUUGAAAAACACAAUUGAUUGUAUGUAUGAAAUGUGUCGAAGUGAACAAUCUGUUGCUGGAUGUAGAGAAGCUAUGUUAUAUUUAGAAAGAGCUAACAAUGAUUUUAAAAGUCUUAUCGAAACAAUAAACGUGGAAAAAGAAUGGACUACUUUGGAGCCAGAGAAAAGACAAUCAGUCGCAUGGGAAAUUCGAAAAUCAAUGUCAUCCCCGAAUCCAGUUACGAUAACUGAUAAACCUCUUCUUCCGAUUUCUUCAAUGAUUGCAGAAGCUGUUAGACAUACAACAGAAGGUACAUCUUCUUCAAAGCAAAAUAAUUUGACAGCGCAAAAUCUAACAUAUGCUCGAAUUACGGCGGCAGCGGCAGUUGCUGCAGUUGCAGUCGCCGCUGAACAACAACAAAAUCUCGCAGCAGAUGAUGGUUGGCAAAUUGUCGGAAAUCGCCGGCGAAAAAGCACUUCUUCAACAACAGUCAGUGAAUUCGAUAGAGAAAUUAGUAUCGAAAAGGAACUUGCACCAACCGCGCCAUUAAAUGUAUACGAGCGAUUGUCGAGCACAACAUCAUAUAGAAGACCGAGUAGUUCGAAUAAUAUGAGCAAUUCGGCGACGUCGUUGACAUGUCCGCGAAGUGCGAUGGAUUUGCCGCAAACGAAGGCGUCGAUGGCGAAAAUGGCGUAUAGUCGACAACUUUUAUGGGAGAAGAAUCAGCAGAGUUUGGUGGAGAAAUUGAGGGCGAGACAGAAGAAGGAGAAACAAUCGAAUCGUGGAUGCGGUAAGGUUUUUUCGUAGCUUACAAUAUAUGUUUUUGAGUAGUUUUCGACCAGCUGAUCACAAUUCCUGGUAUCUCAAACUGCAAAACUCAACUCCUAACAUGAGUUAUGGCGUGGCAAAGUUAGGAGGUCAUUAAAAUCUGAUAGUUGUUCAGAAAAGGGUUCACGAAUCUCCUGGAGAAUCCUAGAUUUUUAUGAAAAUCAUUUUGAAAGCACACCUCGGCCAAAAUCGUGGUUUCAAAAAUAAAAAAUUGUACGCUAAAUUUCUACAGUAGGAAAAUUGAUAAUUUUUUAGUUUUUGUCCUCUAAAAAAUGGGAUUUCUUCAGUUUUUGACCUCAAAAAAUUAGAAUUCAGAUUUUUUUCAAAAAUUGUACUCUGACCAACCACGGAUUGGCGGAAGUGUGUUUGAAAGCUACUUAGUUCUUAUCUCCUAAAGUCCCAACUUUGCCACGUCAUAACUCAUAUUAGGAAUUGAGAUUUUUAAUUUCUGGCAACGAAAUUGUGAUGAAAGUUACUAUAAAACAUAUUUCCCUACUCUAAAAAUCCAAUUUUUGUUUUCCCAAAAAAAUUCCCUACAGAAAAGUAAACAGCAGAUUCUUAUCUAUUGGAAAAAAUGUCCUUUUUCUUUAUAAAUUGUCCCCAAAAGAUAUUUAGAAGGUUUUGCAGGAUUCAAUUUCGCUGAUCCGCAAGCUGUUCGAAGAAGUGUGGAAGCGUUCAAUCAAAAACGCAAAUCUGGAAAUGGGGAAGGAUCGGAGAAGGGCAGCGCGAAAAAUCUGCAAUCGAUAAAUGAGCACGGCGAAUCGUCGGCGGAUAAUUUGAAUACCACGCAAGGUAAAAAAAAAUGAUGAGAAUUUUAUCUAGAAUUUUUAGCUGAAGAUUUAGAGGGCCGGAUUGGACCUAAGGACCAAAAUCUAGAACUUUCAAAAGCUUUGGAGCUUGACUCACAGUUCUAUAAACCUGUUUAAUGAAUUUCAGUAUCGAUUUUUCGCUGCCUAAAAUUGCUUAGAGUUCCCGCAAAUUACACAAACUGGUUUUUUCCAGAAGAAGAUAAUAUUCCUGCGGAUCCAACUCCAUCUUGCUCAUCCUCUGAUGUGAAUCAAAAAGAAGAUAAGAAAAGUUUAUUUGGAUAUGUUGAUGGAUUGGAAAAUGAUGUUGAAUGGAGAGAAAUGACUGAAGAAGAGGAAUCGCUGGCACUGGAGGAAAAUAGCCUGAAAUUGGAGAUCAAGCAGGUAGAGUUUAAGUAAAUUGAUCAUGAAAAAUCUAGAAAAUCAAUUUUUCUACAAAAAAAAAUUUUGAAAAAAUUUACUGUUUCAAGAAUUUUAUAAAGUUUUUGAGUGGUUUAGGAAAUUCUAUUAAUAAAAUGGCCCCAAUUUGAAAAUUAAUUCAGAAUUUUUGAAAUUGGGGAAAAAUUCGUUCAAAAAUCAAUGUUUUACAAAUUUUUUUAAAUAUUAAUUUCAGCCAAAAAAACUUUAAAAAUCAAGUUUUCAACAAAAAAAAUAUUUAAAAAAAAUUUACUGUUUCAAGAAGUUCAUAAAGUUUUUGAUUGUUCAUUUUUUUUGAUUGUUCAGGGAAUUUAGUAAAAUAAAAAGUAUAUUUGAAAAUAAUUAAUUCAGAAUUUCUAGAAUUUGGAGAAGAAAAUGUAAUUCAAAAAUUGUUUUACAAAUUUUUUUUGAUAUUAAUUUCAGCCAAAAAAUCUUCAAAAAUCAAUUUUUCUACAAAAAAAAUUUUUUUUUUAAAUUUACUGUUUCAAACAUGUUAUGAAAUCAAUUCAGAGAAUUCAGUGCAAUAUUACAGUUGUUUUCAAAUUAAAAUUUGUUCAUAAUUUUUUGGGGAAAAAUGUAAUUCAAAAUUGUUUCACAAAUUUUUUGGAUAUUAAUUUCAGCCAAAAAAAUCUUCAAAAAUAAAUGUUUUCAACAAAUAAAAUUUUAGGGCUUUAAAUAAAUUUCACUCAAAAAUCAAGUUUUCAACAAAAAACAUUUUGAAAAAAUUUACUGUUUCAAAAGUUUUAUGAAGUUGUUGAGUGGUUCAGGAAAUUCUAUUACAAAAUAUGACCUUAUAUGACCAAUAUGAACCUAAAUUCAGAAUUUUUUGAAAUUGGGGGAAUAUUCGUUCAAAAAUCACUGAUCUACGAAUUUUUCAGAAUUAAACUUCACUCAAACAUCAAUUUUUCUACAAAAAAAUUUUGAAAAAAUUUACUGUUUCAAGAAUUUUAUAAAGUUUUUGAGUUGUUUAGGGAAUUCAGUAAAGAUGAUCUCGGGAAAUAAUUAAUUCACAAUCAGAAUUUUUAGAGCUUGGAGAAAAAAUAUGUAAUUCAAAAAUUGUUUUACAAAUUUUUUUAAAAAUCAAUUUCACUCAAAAAUCAAGUUUUCUACAAAAAAAUUUUUGAAAAAAUUACUAUUUCAAGAAUUUCAUAAAGUUUUUGAGUGGUUUAGGAAAUCUAUUACAAAAGGACACAAUUUGUAGUGGAAAAAAUCAAUUCAGGAUUUUUAGAAAUUGGGGAAGAAAAUGUAGUUCAAAAAUCAAUGUUUUACGAAUUUUUCAGAAAUUAAUUUCAGCCAAAAAAUCUUCAAAAAUCAACUUUUCAACAAAAAAAAUUUUGAAAAUAUUCACUGUUUCAAAAAUUUUAUAAAGUUUUUGAGUGGUUUAGGGAAUUCUAUUAAUGAGAAGGGCCAAUUUCAAAAUAAAUUCAGAAUUUUUAGAACUUGGAGAAAAAGUAGUUCAAAAAUCGCUCUUUUGCGAAUUUUUCAGAAAUUAAUUUCAGCCAACAAAUCUCAAAUUUUGGGUUGUUGUGAAAAAAAUAUUAAAAAAAAAAAUAAAACAUUUGGAAAAAUAAGCCCUAUACUAAGAAAAUCAACUUUUUCAACAAAAUUUUUUUUGAAAAAAUUUACUGUUUCAACAAUUUUAUAAAGUUUUUUUAUUUUAGGGCAUUUAGUUGACCAUUACUUUUUGAAUUUUUUGGAAUUUGGGGAAAAGUAGAUAAAAAGAGAAUGUUUUAAUUUAUUUUCAAAUUUAUUGCAGACGGAAGCAAUAUCGAUUGAUGCAGAAUUGGAAAGGCAAGUUGACGCGGAAGCUGGAAAAAUAGAAAAAGAAGAAAAACGAGAAAAGAAAAUGCAGAAAAAGAUAUCAAAACAAGCCAAAGAAAAAGACUUGGAAUAUGAAAAUUUCCGAAAAAUGUUUCAUGAAAUCCAGAGUUUGGCAACAGUUGCAUGGUCGGAAAUAAUGCAAAAUACUUCGAGAAAUGUGCAUGAACCUGGAACACCAGUGGAAAAACAUGAGAAAAUGAGUAGUCCAAGUAGAAGGAGAUGUCAAAAGGAUGAUGAUGAUUUUGGAAAGAGACAUGAGGAGAAAUUGAGAAGAGCUGAAGAAUUGAGGAAUCAGUUACAAGAGGAAAAAGCAGCGAGAGUUAAAGAAUUGACGAAAAGAGUGGAAGAAGUUAGGGAAAAACAGGCGAAAUUGAAAGAGAGGAAGAGACAAAUAUUGGAAGAAAGAAUGAAAAGAGUUGCUGAAAAUCGAGAUAAGAAUAUAAUGGAAGUUAUAAGGAAGGCAAAAGAUGAUGAUCAACGAGUUAUGGAAGUGAAAUUUAUUGCCAGUUUACAAGAGGAUAAUAAAAGAUAUGAUUUAAUGAUGAAAGAUGCGAAUAUGGAAGAAAAACAGAAACAAAUGGCGGAUGAAAGAGCGAGAAAAAUGGAGGAGAAAAUGGCGAAAAAACGGGAACAAGAAGCGGCGGCGAAUUGUAGACGAUUGAAAGCUGCUGAAGCCAGACAAAUUAAGAUUAAACAAUUGACUGCAAGAGAGAAUGAGGAUUAUUCGGACUGUUUGGCUGAAAUGAAAGAAAUUAUUGGGGAAUUUCAAAAAUCAAAAUCUGAAUGUUGGAAAUGGCCGGAUAAUCAGAAAUACGAAAGACCGAAAUCGUGUAAAAAUUGCGAAUUUCAGACAUUUUCAGACCUUGAUUCAGUUGCUCAUUUAUUCGAUAAACAUGCGAUUCGAAGUCAAGAAGAUUUGGUAGGUUUUUGGCUGGAAAAUAAUGUUUAUUUAUUGAUUUUUUUUGCAGAAAAUAAUGUUUGUGGAAUCUGAAGAAGUCGUGGAUUCUUUUAGGAAAAAUGCGACGGAUGAAGAAAUGUUGAUGAAAUCGAGGGGUUUUUUGAUGAAAAUGUGAGUUCUGGAGCAUUGCUCAUAUUAAAGUCCUAUGUUUUGAAGAGCAUUGCUCAUGUUAAAGUCCUAAACAAUUUCAAUUUUGAAUCCUGUGUGUGUUUUCGUAAUAAAAUCAAUUCCAGAAAAAAUAUUGAAAUUCAUUAGAAGAUUUUGAAACAGUGAGAUUUUUGGCUAGAAAAAUUGCGGUGUGAAAUUGUUUAAUUAUUUUGAAUCUUGAGAAACUUGAAAGAAACAUUUUUAAACAAUAAAACUUUUAUCCUUAUGAUAUCAUGUGAUCAAUUCCAGAGAAAAUAUUGAAAUUCAUUAGAAAAUUUUGAAACAGUGAGUUUUUUUCCCAAAAAAAAAUUUUGAAAUAGUGAAUUUUUAUUUGAAUUUGAAUUUUUUGAUGAAAAUGUGAGUUUCUUUAUUAAAGUCCGAUAUUUUGAAAAAAAGUUCAAUUUUGAAUCAUGAGAGCAUUGCUCAUGUUAAACUCUACAGUUCUUGAUAAAAAAAGUUAACCAAUUUUUUCAUGAAAUUUUGAGAAUUACUAAAGUUUUUGCAACGUGGCAUUUCUUGAAAAUUAAAAAUAAAAAUUGCCUGAAAAAUACCACACAACCUUAAAAUUAAAAAAAAUUCAACCAAUUUUUUUUUAAAUCUAUAUUUUUACUACGUGGCAUGUCACAAAGUCUUAAAAUUACAUUAUUAUUUAUAAACUAUCCAAAUUUUUCCAGACAAAUCUCUGAAAAACUUCCGAACACCCUCAGUUCUCCUCGAAAUCGAACCCGUUUCAUCCGUGAUUUCAUCUUCGUCUUCGAUAAAAUGAUGUCCACCCAAACGCGAAAUGAUCCAGGUAUCCAAAAUCAGGUCGAAAAAUCAAUCACAGAAUUGGUUGCGGCAAUUGAAAAUGAUCAGAAAAAUGAGAUGUACAUAAAUAUUGAGCAAUUUUGUGCGGUCGGCGGAGUCGAGAAAAUAUGCGGAGCCAUUUUGGAAUGGACAAAUCGAGGAAUUGGUCUCAGAUUGUGCAUUCGAUUGUGCCAUGCGUUUUGUGUGUUUUUGAAUGAUUCGAGAGUGGCGUAUUCGGUGAUUUUUAAACCAGAAAUGAUGGCGAUUUUGGAUAGAAUUGUUGCACUUAUUCAGGUGAUAUUUUUGGGCGGGGAAGUUCAAUUGAAAUACAUAUAAUUAUGAUGGCGAGAUUUCUUUGAAAAAUACUUUCUUUUAGAUUUUUGUUUUACAAAAAACCUCCUAAAAAACAAGUAUCAAACUUUGGAAGAAGUAAUCAAUUCCGAAAAAAAUAUUGAAUAUCAUUAAAAAUUUUUGAAACAGUGAGAUUUUUUUCUCCCAAAAAGGUUUUUAUUUAAUUUUUUUAAUUAAUUAGAAUUUUGAGAUUAUUUUGAAGAACAUUUUUUAAACAGUAAAAAUGUAAUCUCAAUGUUUUCGUAAUGUAAUAAAUUGCAGAGAAAAUAUUGAAAUUCAUUAGAAAAUUUCGAAACAGUGAGAUUUUUGACUAAAAAAAAUUGCGAUGUGAAAUUUUUGUCUGAUUAUUAUUGAAAUUAUUAAAAAAUCGUUUUGAAUCAUUGUUGAAACAGUAAUUUUUUUCAAAAAAUGUUUUUCUAAUUAAUUAGAAUAUGUUUUUCUAAUUAAUUAGAAUCCUAGAAAUGUUUUCGUGAUGAAAUCAAUUCCAGAGAAAAUAUUGAAAUUCAUUAGAACAUUUUGAAACAGUGGAAUUUUUGGCUGAAAAAAUUACGAUGAUAAUUUGUUCGGAUUAUUAUGGAAAUUAACAAAAAAUCGUUUUGAAUUCUUUUUGAAACAGUAAUUUUUUUCGAAAAAAGGUCUUAUUUAAUUUUUUUUAAUUAUUUUGAAUCUUGAGAAACUUUAAAGGAACAUUUUUUAAACAGUAAAAAUUUUAUCCUUGAUCAUCAUUUGAUCAAUUCCAGAGAAAAUAUUGAAAUUCAUUUAAAAAAAUUUUGAAACAGUGAGAUUUUUGGCAAAAAAAAAUUACGCUGUUCUUUGAUUAUUAUUGAAAUUAAUAAAAUAUCGUUCUGAAUCCUUUUUGAAACAGUAUUAAAAAAAGGUCUUAUUUAAUUUUUUUAUAUUUAUCAUGUGAUCAAUUCCAGAGAAAAUAUUGAAAUUCAUUAAAAAAAUUUUGAAACAGUGAGAUUUUUUCCUCCCUAAAAAAAAAAGGUUUUUAGUGAAUUUUUCUCUAAAAUUCACUAUUCAAUUCUCAAUCAAUUUUUUGCAGACAAACCCAACAAAUCCUCAAUUAUCAGCUUUAUUGGAUAUUCUACACGCUGUCCUAAAAUCGGCAAAUUCUCGAAUUUCAUCGCAUUCAAAUCUCAAAAAAUGGAAAGAAUUGCAUUGUUUUGAUGAGAAAAUCAAGGAAACUAUGGAAAAUAUUUCGAGUUUUUUGAAAUCCUCAAUUUCGCGCCAAGAAUGGUUGACAGCUAUCAAAGAAUCGAGAAUGAUUAUCUCGAAAAUAUCCAAGAUUUGUGAGAAUUUCUCGGAAAAUUCCAGGUUUUCUAGUGAAUUUUUCGAGAUUUUCCUGGAAUAUUCUUAUGAAUCGAGGAAAAAUUCGGAGGAAAAAUCGGCUGAUUUGGUGGCAAAUGUUAUUGGGAUUUGUGGGACAUCGAAGAUUUGGAGAGGAAAUUCGAAACAAGUUUUUGUUUUGCUGGUUUUGUUGGAGGAAUAUUUGAAUAGAGUUGGGAAUUUGGUGAAAAUUGAGAAUGAGAAAAAAGGGUGAGUUUUUUUGGGGAAAUUUGGAAAUUUUGAGCCUGAAACUCUUCUGGGAAUCCUGGUUUUUGAGAAAAUUACAUAGGAUUUUUUUGGGUUAAAUUUUGAUCCUAGCAGAUUUUCAGAAAAAAUUAGGAACUCAGAAUUUUCAGAACAAUUUUUUAAAUUUUUUUGGGAAUUUCAAAAAAAUUUAUUUUUAAAAUCUUGAGUUAAAAACUUUUUUUGAACAUUUUUCUUCAAAAUUCUGAAAUCCUGAACUCUCUUUGGGAUUAAAGAAAAGUUGGAAGAUUUUAUUCUGGAAAAAUUAAUUGCCCAGAAUUUUUAGAUAAAAAUGAACAUUUUUGAAUCUAAAAAUUCAGAAACCUCAAAAUUUUAGGUUCAAGAACCUUUUCUGAAACUUUGAUUUUUUUAAAUCUCAAAAAUUUAGGCUUCAGCUGGUGCUUCUUAUCAAUUUUUAUACCUGAAAAUCUUGAUUUACCCUUAUUUUUUCUCCAGAAAAUGGGACUUGGUGACAAAAAACGAGGAAUGUUUGAUGAAAUUGCUCCGAUUCUUGGAAAUCCUCAUCGAUUCUUGGAACUACGAAAAAAAGAAAAUAUUAUCGAUCAACUGGACCUCGGAAAAUUCGGAAAUUCUAAAAACCCUCAAAAAUCUUCCGCUUCGUUUGCAUUGCGUCGAACCGUAUUCAACAAUUAUUCAAAAAGUUUUUGCGAAAAUUCUGGAAAAUCUGAAAAGAAAUCAGAAAUUGGAACUUUUUGGUGAUUUUGCUUUUGUGAAUCAAUAG